UAUCCAACGAGAGUGACUAUACGCGAGUGUCUUUAGCUAAAGCUAAAAUAAGAACAGGUGAAGCUAUUUGUAAAAUAUAUCAUUAUAUGGAAUUAUAACUUUGGGACUUUAAUAGAUUAGUCAAAAGUCUACGUUGCAUACGUAAUAGCCUACUGCCGCUGCGUCAGGGUCACUUGGAGAGUCCAAGUAGAAUCCACGUGAAAUUGGCAGUGAAACCUUUUUGACUUCGUUUGCAAUAUAUUUUUUGUACUUAAACAUGACAGCAGUGAAGCUAAUGCGAGCCAUUCGAGUUGCUGAGUUUGGUGGGCCAUCUGUUUUGAAAUUUUGUUCUGAUAUACCCGCACCACCAUCUCCUGGACAGAAACAGGUAUUAAUUCGGGUGUAUGCCUGUGGCGUGAACCCAGUAGAAACUUACAUUCGGUCUGGAUCCUAUGCACGAAAGCCAGCACUUCCUUAUACCCCUGGAUCAGAUGUUUCUGGAGUUAUUGAGGCUGUUGGGGAUGGAGUUCGGUUUCUUCAGACAGGUGACCGUGUCUUUGCCACAGCAACUGAAACUGGAGGCUAUGCUGAGUAUGCCGUAGCAUCUGAAGAUGUGGUCCAUCCACUCCCUGACUCGUUAGAUUUCUGCCAGGGGGCAGCCAUUGGAGUCCCUUAUUUCACUGCUUAUCGUGCCCUCUUUCACAAGGCUCAUGCUAAAGCUGGGGAGACUGUUCUAAUCCAUGGAGCCAGUGGUGGAGUGGGCAUAGCUGCUUGUCAGCUGGCGCGUGCCUUUGGGCUGAAGGUUCUUGGUACAGCUGGGACUGCAGAGGGCAUGGAACUGGUGCUGAAGAAUGGGGCCCAUCAAGCCUUUAAUCACAGAGAAAAAGACUAUGUCUCCAAAAUAAAGGAAGCCACCAAUGGGCAGGGUGUAAAUGUGAUUGUAGAGAUGCUGUCUAAUGUCAAUCUUGGCAAUGAUCUACAGAUGUUGUCCUAUGGUGGUCGAGUUACUAUUGUUGGCUGUAGGGGUCCUAUUGAGAUCAACCCCCGAGAUACCAUGAUCAAAGAAUCCAGUAUCAUUGGAGUGGCAUUAUUCUUUGCAACUCGGGAGGAGACAGCCGAAUGCGCCGCUGCUCUUUUCGCGGGGAUGGAGGCGGGCUGGCUCAGGCCUGUUGUUGGGACUAAGUACCCUCUUGAGAAAGCAGCUCAGGCCCAUGAGGACAUCAUCAACAGCCCUGGUGCGGCAGGGAAAAUGGUCCUUACCAUGUGACCGCAGAAAAUUACACAAAAUGUCACUUUUUCUGUGAUUUUAAUGACAUAUUAGAGCAUUACAGUUUCAUGAUUACACAAUGUAGCUCUUUAAGCAGUAAUUUGCACUUUAAAUGAAAUGAUACCUACAGUAAGAGGUAUAGCCUACAGUAGAUUAUCACUUGUGAUGUUUUCAGGAUUAUAAUGACAUUUGCUGCAAUAAAUAUUUUUCUCUAG